UUCAGCUUCUAAGUAAAGAGGUGUUUGAUUUCUCAAGAGGAGAGAUGACUCAAAGUAAGAUAAAGGAGCUUAAACAAUCAUUGAACAGUGAAUUUCAACUCAUUCAUGAGCUAUGCUUAUAUGUACUAUCAGCCUCUCAAAGAACUGAGCUUAUACGUGCAACACUCUUCACAUUGCACGCAUUUCCCUCAUGGAUUCCCCUGGGAUAUAUAUUUGAGUCUCCAUUGCUUGAAACGCUGCUGAAUUUUUUCCCCAUGCCAUCGUAUCGGAAUCUCACUCUUCAGUGUUUGACAGAGGUUGCAGCACUUAAUUUUGGAGAUUUCUACAAUGCCCAGCACGUUAAGAUGUACACCAUAUUCAUGAAACUGUUACAGACCAUGAUUCCUCUUAAUACAAACAUUCCUGAGGCUUAUGCAAUUGGUUCCUGCGAAGAGCAGGCACAAUUUAGAGUUUUUGGGUUUUAUGUUUCUGUAUAUAGUUUGUUUGUUUAUCCUAGUUGUGUUUAUUGUUUACAACAUGCUAUAUAUGCUGCUAGUUUUGGGAAUUUUGUUUCUGAUAGUGGUGUGCUAUACAGCCUAGUUUUGUUUUCUGGUUUGUCUUCUCCUGUAUCAUUGGCUUAG